UCCGCAAGCCCCCGCAUGCAACCGCCCGGCUGCGCCGCGACCCGCUCGGCUCCCCAUGCCGCAGCACACGCGAUCCGCACCCGCCGCUCGCACCCGCGACUCGCCGAGCUCCAUAAGAGGCACACGACCCCGCACCUGCGCCACUACCGCGCCCUCGCCCCCUUCCACGCCACGCACCGCCAUCGCCGCGCCGAGCACGCUGCCGAGCACCGCCGCCGUCGCCCCGUUCUCGACCGCGAGCACCACGCGCGCGAACGCCACGCCGUCACCGCGCGCACCCCCCACGCCGACCGCCGUUCGCCGCGCGCUGCCGAGCGCACGUCGUCGCCCCGCUCCCGUCCGCUCCAUCGCGCACCGGCCCUCGACGCGUCCCCCGUCGCGCCCGCAUCGUUCCAAGAGUCGGAGGACGAUCGGACUGACGAGGACCGUGAGUAUCGGGAGGAGUUAGGCGACGACUACUCCGAAGGUGCCACAUCCCACCCAUUUUCGUAGAUCCCAUUACGCAUUGCAAAUAAUAGAAUUGCUAGUGCUUUAUAUUUCUGUUGUUAUAACUGCUGCUAUAGAGUUGCAUAGUAGAUUUACUAUUCUUAUACCCUGUCUUGUUUUACCUAUUACCCUGCUCACCCGCUGAUAGAUUAGACACGCGCAUUUAUUACAUUUCCACUAUAUUUAUAUUCUCGGCUUAAUAUCAAUGAUGUGACGCCGAUGGUGAAACUAAGGGGAUGACUGGCUUGGGAAGGCGGACCUGGUGAUCAUGCUGGAUCUGGGGAUUAUGGUGAGGAUAUGUGGUGUCUUGGCGUGUGUCUUGGGUGCGUGAAGGGUGAGGGUUGAGUCGACCAGACUGGGAUCUACGACGAGCCGGUAGGGCGAGUCAU